CGUUUUUGCUGUCAAAAGUUUGCUUUUCAAUAUUGUCAUUCUUGUCAAAGUCACAUAGUAUUGUAAUAUUUACUUGUAGAGUCAAAAGAUCUUUGUAUUAUUUAGAUCUACCUAUCUAUUUAUUCUAUUUUUUUUAUAAACUGUCACAACCGGGCACACAACAAAACACUGUCUAUUUGAUUAUAGAAAGCUAAUAGAUUUUAAUUCCUGCUUUAUCACCGGCAUGGUGGUCGCUGUGUUAUUGUGUCGUUGGGGGUGAACAUUCAGUCAGUGCUGGUGUUGCUGACUGCUAGUAGUGCUAGUAGUAUUAGUCCACAUGCUUUGGAUUGAACUAUUUGAAACGAGUAAUAUUUAAUAUAGUUAGCAGUUGACAUGGCGCUAUACGAGGGGAUAGCGCUAAUACAAGAGAAGCAAGCUGUCGUGUUGGAUCUCGGCACUGACUACACAAAGUUUGGCUUCACAGGCGAGGCGGCGCCGCGCUGCAUCGUGCGCUCGGAGUUCUGGUGCCCAGCCACGCGGCGCGUCCGGCGCCUGCACGACUACAGCUCGGCCGCGGAGCUCUACGACAACCUCGUGCAUAUGCUGCACCAGCUCUACUUCAGGCACGUACUGGUCAACCCGAAGGAACGUAAAGUUGUAGUGGUGGAGUCUCUGCUUACUCCUACUCUGUUUCGUGAGACGCUAGCUAAAGUGCUCUUCAUACACUAUGAGGUGUCGGGCGUGGUGUGGGCCGACAGUCCGCGGCUCUGCGCGCUGACCCUGGGCGCGCCCGUCGUGCUCGUCGUCAGCAUCGGCGCCAAGGACGUGGAGGUCGCCGCAGUGGUGCACUCGUGCGUGGUUCUACACGCGCUGCAGUCGCAGCCGCUGGGCUCGCACGCCGUGCACGCCGAGCUGGCCAGGAUGCUGGACGAGCACAACGGAGGCCCGCUACACCUCGACGACCAGGUCAUCGAGGACAUCAAAGUGAAGACGUGUUUCGUGACGAGCCGGGCCCGCGCCCUGGCGUGGGAGUCGGACAGCCCGCCGAGGGCGGCGCGCGACGUGCGCUACGGGCGCGUGACGGUGCCGGGGCGCGCGCGCGAGCUGGCGGCCGAGCCCUUGUUCCGGCGCGACCACGAGCAGAGCUCGCUGCCCGACGCAGUACUGCAGUGCGUGGCGGCCAGCCCGCGCGACUGCCGGCGCGCGCUGGCGGCCGGCAUCCUGCUGACGGGCGGCGGCGCGGCGCUGCCCGGGCUGCGCGCGCGCCUGGCGGCCGAGCUGCGCCAGCUGGUCACGCAGCCCCCGUACUGCGACACGCUGCACGUGCGCGAGUUCAAGUUCCACGACGCGCCGAGCGCGGCCAACGCGUGCGCCUGGCUGGGCGGCGCCGUGCUGGGCGCGGGCGAGGCGGGCGCGGCGCGCGCGAUGCCGCGCGACCAGUUCGCGCGCGCGCCGCGCCUGCGGGACUGGGUCUGUCUGCUCGACAACACGCCGCCCGGACACCCGCACCGCGACCAUCUCGACAUAUAGCCGCCGUCUCUACACUCAUCGCUCACUUCUAAUUCUUUUGUGAAUAUCUUAAAACACCUCUGCGGAGAAGAUCUAUUUAUUUACUAAUUAUAAAGAGAUAUAUUUAUUCUUAGUUAAGUAUAUUACCACGCAACUAAUAAUAGUUAACGAGCUUUACCAACUAAGUGAUUUGUAACUUUAUUUGAACAAUAAAAAUAUCCUG